AGUCACACUUCCUCUGUCAAAGGUCUCGCGCCAGGAGAAAAAGCGCUCUAAAAGGGGCGGAAAAACCUAACGAAGCAAUGCCGGAGAUUACAGAGGUAGAGGCAGCCAGAAGAGCUGUAGAAGAGAAUUGCUUGGGGAAGAAGAUCAAGAGAGCGAUUAUAGCCAAUGACUCUAAAGUCAUCGAAGGAGUCUCCUCUUCGGAGUUCGAGUCCGCUGUCGUUGGCAAGACCAUCGUCUCAGCUCACCGGAAGGGCAAGAACCUUUGGCUCCAGCUUGAUUCCCCUCCUUUUCCUACUUUCCAGUUCGGGAUGGCUGGUGCUAUUUAUAUAAAAGGUGUUGCUGUUGCAAAGUAUAAGAGGUCUGCAGUAAAAGACAAUGAUGAAUGGCCUUCAAAAUAUUCAAAGUUCUUUGUUGAACUAGAUGAUGGUUUGGAGCUAUCUUUCACAGAUAAGAGGCGAUUUGCUAAAGUCCGCUUGCUCAAAGAUCCGACAUCUGUGCCCCCAAUAUCUGAGCUUGGCCCUGAUGCACUGUUUGAGCCUAUGGCAGUUGAUGAAUUUACGGUAUCCUUAAGCAAGAAGAAGAUUGGCAUUAAAGCUCUAUUGCUCGAUCAGAGUUAUAUAUCAGGAAUUGGCAACUGGAUUGCAGAUGAAGUGCUAUACCAAGCAAGGAUUCAUCCUCUGCAGGUUUCUUCCAGCCUGUCCAAAGAAAACUGUGCAACUUUACACAAGUGCAUCAAGGAGGUCAUUCAGUAUGCUGUCGAAGUUGAUGAUGACAGCAGCCGUUUUCCUAAUGAUUGGUUAUUUCAUUUUCGGUGGGGUAAAAAGUCUGGAAAAAUUAACGGGAAGAAAAUUGAUUUUAUCAAUGCUGGUGGCAGGACAUCAGCAUAUGUACCGGAGUUGCAGAAGUUGAGUGGAACAUCAGCUUCAAAAGCAGCAGGUAAACCUAGAAAGCAGACUUCAAAGAGAAAAGGAGGUAAGGCCAAGGAUAAUGAUGAAGAUGAAGAAGGCACUGGUGAUGAACCUACGACUGAGGAAGAGGAAACCACUAAAAUCACCAAAUCUAGAAAGGGGGGAAACCCUAAAGGUAAUGGUAAAAAACCUCCCAUCAAAAGAAAAACCACAGAGAAUGAUGAUGAUGAUGACAAUUGUGGUGGUAAAGAUGAUGCUAGCAGUGAAAAGGAUGAUGAAGCUCCGAAAGAGAAAGCUAGGAAGGUAAAAAAUAGAACAAGUAACAAACAAGUAAAUGUUGCAAAGGCAUCCAAGCAAGCAGCGAGCAGCCAAAAUGGUAAGAAGCCGAAGAAAGCAAAGUAGGUAGCUGAUUAGACAUCAUUUAACAGCUCCGGAAUUGCCUGCCCAAGUUUUGUAAGAAUGAAAGGGCAGUGUGUUGCUUUAUUGUAAGGAGUACUGCUUGUUCAACACUGUUUAUUAUUACACUCGGCUUUAAUUCCGAAUCCGGGGCUACCUCGUACUGCAUCAAUGGCUGCUGCAGCUGUUUACCAAUG